GUUCCACCACGGCGUACGUGAACGCGGACGCAAUCCGUAGAGUCAAAAGCAAUCAGAAAUCCCAUUUCAAUCGCAGCGUUCAGUGGCCCCAGCCCCACGUAAAAGUCAACGGUUUCAAAGUCCUUCGUCAAACGCAUACGCCCAGUGUACUCGAAGUGGAAAGUGUCAUAAAGUAUGCGAUUAUCCUGUAAACAAAGUGUAAAACGCGCCCAGUAAACGCCGAAAACGAAAGGCGAACGGCAAACAGCAAACAACUCCCGGAUUUUACGACUUGAGCAAUCAACUCGCCUGGUCACUCCACCAACUCGAGGACUCCUAGGACUGCAGGAGUGCAGGACUCUUGGAAUUGGCCGGUACAAAACUAUAGAAUCGGAUCUGGGCACGUCGUAUAAUGAUUGCGCAAGUGAGAUGACGCCACUGAAGGUGAGAAGGAUACGUUAGGAGCGGCGUCGAACUAUGGGAACAGAGGCAUGGGCGUGUGCGCGGACCUCGGGUCUCAUCGAUGGUGUCGGGCAUUGAGCACCCAGCACAACACCGAGAAAUCGAAGGAGCAGCAGCUACAGCAGGAGCAGCAGCUACAGCAGCAGCAGCAGCAAUCCCAAUCCCCGGAGAGCCCAGAGGAGCGUGCUUCCAGGUGUCGAGGAGCCAUUGACAGGACAACGACAACGACGAUUCCCGCUGGCAAAACGCUGACGGCAUCGCCAGCGAAAACGGCAGCAUUCACAGUGAAAGCGACGAGGAGAAGACGCAGCCGACGAAGGGCAGCAGGCAGCUCCAUCUGCGCACCCAUCCCGCGGAGGGGUCAGGGGUCAACGCCAACGAUACAGGUGCUCCAGUUCGUUUUGGUCUCGUUGCUGGCCCUGCUAGCGAAACAUGCCCAGGCGCACAAUAUUCCAGAAGACGCCGUGCACAUCACGGCCAUCCUUGGCGAGGGCGUCAUCUUUAACUGCCAUGUGGAGUUCCCCAACGACCAUCCCGUGCCAUAUGUCCUGCAGUGGGACAAGAAGGUGAGCGAAACGGGCUCCGAUCUGCCCAUCUACAUCUGGUAUGAGAGCUAUCCGGAACACAUCGAGGAGGGCUACAAGGGACGCGUGUCCCGCGUGUCGCAGGACUCGCCCUUCGGCUCCGCCUCGCUCAACCUGACCAACAUCCGGGAAUCGGACCAGGGAUGGUACGAGUGCAAGGUCGUCUUCCUCAAUCGGGACCCCAAGCAGCAUAAGAACGGUACAUGGUUCCACUUAGACGUACAUGCACCGCCGCGCUUUAGUGUUACGCCAGAGGAUAUAAUAUACGUUAACUUAGGUGAUUCAAUUAUACUCAAUUGCCAGGCAGAUGGCACGCCCACGCCGGAAAUACUCUGGUACAAGGAUGCCAAUCCCGUCGAUCCCUCGCCCACGGUGGGCAUCUUCAACGACGGCACCGAGCUGCGGAUCUCCACCAUUCGGCACGAGGACAUCGGAGAGUACACUUGCAUUGCACGCAAUGGUGAGGGACAAGUCUCCCAUACGGCCCGUGUUAUAAUCGCGGGCGGCGCUGUAAUCAUGGAUAAGGCGGCGCCCGACAAACACACACGCACCAAGUCCAAGUCGAAUGUUGUGAAUGAGAGGCUGACCAUACGUGUGCCUCCGACCAACCAAACGAAGCUCGAGGGCGAAAAAGUGAUAUUCUCCUGCGAGGCUAAGGCCAUGCCCGGCAACGUCACGGUGCGCUGGUAUCGCGAGGGCUCCCCCGUCCGGGAGGUGGCCGCCCUGGAGACCAGGGUCACCAUCCGCAAGGACGGCUCGCUCAUCAUCAACCCCAUCAAGCCGGACGACUCGGGCCAGUACCUCUGCGAGGUGACCAACGGCAUCGGCGAUCCGCAGAGCGCCUCCGCCUACCUCAGCGUCGAAUAUCCCGCCAAGGUCACCUUCACGCCCACGGUGCAGUACCUGCCGUUCCGGCUGGCCGGCGUGGUCCAGUGCUACAUCAAGUCGAGCCCGCAGCUGCAGUACGUCACCUGGACGAAGGACAAGCGCCUGCUGGAGCCGUACCAGAUGAAGGACAUCGUGGUGAUGGCCAACGGAUCGCUGCUGUUCACGCGUGUGAACGAGGAGCACCAGGGCCAGUACUCCUGCACGCCGUACAAUGCACAGGGCACGGCCGGUGCUUCCGGGAUCAUGGACGUGCUCGUCCGGAAGCCGCCCGCCUUCACCGUGGAGCCGGAGACGCUCUACCAGCGCAAGGUGGGCGACAGCGUGGAGAUGCACUGCGACGCCCUGGAGGCGGAGGGCACGGAGCGACCCACCAUCAAGUGGCAGCGGCAGGAGGGCGAGCAGCUGACCGAGUCGCAGCGCAAUCGCAUCAAGAUCUCCGGUGGCAACAUCACCAUUGAGAACCUGAGGCGGGAGGACUUUGGCUACUAUCAGUGCGUGGUCUCCAACGAGGUGGCCACCCUGAUGGCCGUCACCCAGCUGGUGAUCGAGGGCACCCAGCCGCAUGCGCCGUACAACAUCACGGGCAAGGCCACCGAGUCCUCGAUAACGCUGCAAUGGCUGCCAGGAUACAGUGGUGGCUCGGAGUACAAGCAGGACUAUACGAUCUGGUUCCGCGAGGCGGGCGUGAACGACUGGCAAACGAUCUCCGUGACGCCAUCGGGCAGCACCCAGGUGACCAUCAAUGGCCUGGCCUCCGGAACCACCUACGAGUUCCAGGUGGUGGGCCGGAAUGUCCUGGGCGACGGGAUGAUGAGCAAGGUGAUGACCGUGCGCACACUGGAAGACGCUCCGGCAGCGCCACGUAAUGUCAAGGCUGCAACACAACCGCCCGACUCAUUCUUUCAGCUAAUGCCAGACGAAGCUGGUCCCAAGCCAGGACCGCCUAGGAACGUGUCCGUGACGGAGGUCUCCAAUGGGUUCCUCAUCACGUGGCAGUCGCCGCUGGAGCGGGCGCACAUCGUCAAGUUCUACACCAUCAAGUACCGGACGGAUGCGCAGUGGAAGACACUCAACCGGGGACAAAUCCGGCCGGAGGAGACGCAGUAUCUGGUGAAGAACCUGGUGGGCGGCAGGACCUACUACUUCCGGGUGCUGGCCAACUCGGAGAAGUCGUACGAGUCCAGCGACGAGGUGAAGUUCCCUGUGCCGGCACGUGUCAAGCACAAGGCGAUUACCGCCGGCGUCGUUGGGGGCAUCCUGUUUUUUAUUGUUGCGAUCAUUUUAUCGGUUUGUGCCGUAAAAAUUUGCAAUAAACGUAAACGACGAAAACAGGAAAAAGAGUUCAACAUGGUAGCUUGCAGGAUAACGGACGCUCGUAACAUUGCCGCCAAUAAUCAUCAUUUGCACAAUCGCAGUACGGGCUCAAUUUCCUCUGGUCAAGUGCCUUUAAAAAAGUACAAACAAACCCGAAUAUCAAGUCUAACCGCCAUUCUCAUUGCCAUACUCCACUGGAUCUGGCCACCUGAUCGCUGCACCAACUGCCACUCCAUCUACAGUUCGCCCAAUCUCGAGGAUGGCGAUGAGGACGACGGGGCCGGAGGACGCAGGCGUUCCGUAAGCCGCAUCCAGCGGAGCCUCGACGGACGCUUUGUGCUGGAUGUGGAGGGGGUCUCAAAACUGGGAUACUCGCAGCAGACCCUGGAGUCUGGGAACGUGGAUGUGGUGGACGGCGGGCUCUUCGAGCGGCGAAACAGCAACGUAUCCCAGAAAUCCUCCAGCGACGAUGGUGGAUUUCUCUCGCGGCGCAACUUCAUCACAGCUCGUGCUUCGUGGCGUCGUCCCCUGGUGGCCUCCUCCAGUCAGCUGAGCCUGCAGUCGGCGGCGGACUCGGCCAGGGGCUUCCUGCAGGGUCUGCUGAAGAUCGGGGCCAAGCAAUCGGCCGUGCCGCCCAAUCCGCAAUCCUACUUCGACGAGGCGGUGACAGGUGCCCGCUACCAGAAUGUGCUGCGUCCCUACACCAGCAGCAAUAAUUUGUACGGCAAUGCGGAUAGAAGUAGGCCACUGCACAUAAACACGAUUAGUGGCAGCCUGAGUCAGCAGCAGCAGCAGCUCUACACGCCCUCAAGGAUCUCCAGGAUAUUCUCCAGCUCGCCCCAGCAUCUGCAGCCACAUCAUCAGCAGCUCUUGCUCUCCAGCGGCGGCAGUGGCGCCUAUCCCACCCACUUCAGCGACCUGAGCACCGUGUAUCCCCCGAACUCCGCGGAACGUUCGGCGCACAAUCUGAGCAGCCGGUAUAGAUACUACUCCCAGGAGCUGCCCUCGCUGAGAACCAUUCAGGAGGAGACGCGCCGGCAGCAGCAGCAGAAGCAGCAUCCGCUGGAGGAUCACUUUGUGCCGCUCCAGCUGCCGUCGCCGCCGUCGUGGAGGAGCUACUACCAGUCGCAGGCCAGCUAUCGCCCCCGCACCCGCUGGUAUCCACGCCAUCACUCCCGGCUCUUCAGCAACCGGCAGCAGCAGCACGAGAUGCUCUCUCCUCUGCCGCAACUCAAUCUAAACCUGCGCAACUCCAUGCACCCCGGCGGUCUCGAGGCCUCGCCCGAAUCCCGUUCCAGUUCGAGUGGUUUUGGCUCGAAGAACACCUCCAAUCACCCGGGCAGCACCAGUGAAUGGCGAUUGCUGCCGCCGUACAGAGCACCACCAUCGCCGCCGAAGCAUUCGGGCUACUUUGGCGGACAGCAGGCCCAGGGACAGACGCCACAUGGGUCGUACUCGUAUCCCAGGGCCACAACGCCACCGUACACGAUGGCCCACUGGCUGGAGAUGAUCUCAAGACUGAACGCGGCCACGGACAGCAAUCUACCGAAGGCGCCGUGUCCCGUGGACGUGGGCAGUGUGGAUGGGCACUACGAGUUCGAUCCGGCCACGCCCACGCCGAGUGCAUCCAGCAUGCUGCGCGAAGAUCUCAACCUGCACAUAGACACCCAUCCCUACCACCACCACACGCUGGGUCCCCUCAGUGGCAGUCUGCUGCACAGCCACGCCCCCUACGCCGGAGGGGCCAGGAAGCAACGAUCUCUGCCAGCUCAGCUGCCACGCUACGACAACGUCGAGGUGCGACUGCAGGCCAUGAGGGAGGAGUUCUAUGCCUACCGCAAGCGCCAGGCCAUGCAGCAAAUGGAGAGCGUUUGCUGAGCCAAUGGAGCAUUUAAUUGAGCCAUUUAGCCACACCCACGCCUAAAGCCACGCCCACAGCCACGCCCAUAGGAACGCCCACAGAGAAGCAGAUCCAUCGAUAUAUGACGACAGAGUUGGAGAGCAGCGAUUCCCAGAGGCAAUCAGACGCGAUAUGAUAUUGGAUCAGGCCCCCCAAUUCACAGAUGAACUUUAAAAGAUUGGCCCCCUGCAAACUCACACCCAGAAAAAUCACAAAAAACAAAAAAUAAAAAUAAAGAAAGGAGAAAACGAAACAAAACACUUAGAAGCCAGAAACAAUUAGUAGAUUUAAACGAGACGAAAGCUGUGUACAUAUAUAGUUUGGGGGCUGGAGAGGGGAGGAGAGCGCCCAGCAGUUUAAGUAUAAUAUUUAACAACUAUAGCAAUUAUAGCAACAUAUUAUUACAAAAUCGAUAAACGUAAAAUUGACAUUUAACGCAAGUAAAUGGAGCAAACAUUGUUUGACGACAUAUGCAAAGAACAAAUUACAAUUACAAUUAACUAUUAUUUACGAGUGUAUUAGAUAUUGAUACUUAACGUAAAACACAGAUCGAGAUAUGUUAAACAUUGAGCAUUAAACAUUAAACAUUAAACAUUAAUUAACAAUCCACAAGCGUAAGCCUAAAUUAUGUUACAUUACAACUAAACUAAAUUAAUACGGAAUAUGCUAGCUGUUAAGCAUUUAGUUGUUAACAACUAGAGCAGAGAUGAUCGAAGUGGCGACGACUUAAAAAUAAAUGCGCUAAAAGUAAUUAAAACCACAUAUAGAGAAAUUGUUUCAUAAUUAAAUUAUUUAACGACAAGAAACCUACAAAGCAAAUAAAUGCGAAAUGCAAAAGCGAAAAGCGAGAUGAAAACAAAUACAGUUUAACGAAAAUUAAAUGAAAUAUAACUGCUGCAUAUAUGUUUACUGUUGACCUACACACGAUAAUUAACUCGAACAAAUAUUUAUUAACCCAAAAGCAAAAAAAAAAAAAAAGAAACACAAAACAAAAAACUAAAAACAAAAAAACGUAUGAAAAUGAUAGGAACCCCGAAAACAAAGCGUUGAUAGGCUAUUCUUUCCGGUUUAACUCACAGCCCAAGACUACGUCAAUAUAAACGAUAGAUAGAGCAGAGGAUCCCCCGAUGCGAACCGAGAUCCCCAAGAGAGAAGAAGAGAAAAGGUAGUUUCCUGGGUUCCCGAGAGCGAUGAUAUUUGGUCUUAGGUUAUAGGUCAGUUGUGUAAGAGACAGCUCCCCGGAUGCAGCUUAGUUUAACGAGUUUGAGGAGGCGAGGCGUUUCUGUUUUUUAAGUACUUGUUAACGAUAAACGAUUAACGAUAAUUGAUUAACGAUUACCGAUUACCGAUAAACAUGUCUAAAGAUCAACUUGUACGGAUUGAUGGUUUGACACAACUUGACGCCAAAACACUGCCAGAGCGAGAGGUGCGAGAAGACCGCGAGUGUGUAUAACUUGUGUAAAUUACAGAGCAUAUACAGAUAUAAUAUGAUACCGAAAGCGAUAAAGAUAACGAUAACGAUAAUGAUACUGAUAAUGUAACGAUAAUAACGAUUACGAUAACACUAUUCAGGGGACGGUUGGAGCGCGAAACAAAUCAAGAAAUCAACUACGAAUCAACCGACUAAUGAUCUCAAGCAUUUCUUUUUGCCUUCGACUGCACAGCCCCACUUUCAUUUCUAAUAUCGACCCACAAAAUAUAUGAGCCCGUCUGUCUGCCUGUCCGUCUGUCCAAUCCUUCAAGCGCCACCAUUAAGUCCUAACCAGAUCAGAUGGGAUUAUCCCCAGGAGUUGGACUUAAAGUUCGGUGCUUGUUGCGCUUCAAAGCCACAGAGAGAAAAUCGCACUUAAAUUGAGAUAAACUAGGAUAACAGUUCUGAGAUGCGAGGGAAACUCGAGUUGUGUUGCAUGUAUUUUGUAAAUGUUGAGGGUAUUCAAGUAAAUAAGUUGUUUUUUGUAAUGCCUAGGACACCGACUCUUUCACACACACACACUGAGAACACUCCCACACUGACACACAUACACGCGAACACAUAAAGCGUUUAACUAGAACGAAAUAAAUUAAUUAAUUAACUGAGCAUUAAUGGCAAGCGAACGAAGUGAGAAAAGCGCAAGCGAAUAAUUGCAAAAUUGCGAAAUGACAGCAUAAAUUGAAUUUUAAUUGAGCGAUGUUAGGCGCAGGACUUUAAGGCAAAUAGAUACAUAUAUGAUUAUUUAUACGAGUGCAUGUACGAGUAUAAUGUAUAAUGUAUAUGCGGUACGUAUAUAUAUGGAUAUAGAUACUGGAUUACACGGCAUGUACAUUAAGUAAGAGGAAUACAUUAAAAACUAAGUUAAGUAAAUCUAACGCUUUAGUCUGCCACUUUGAUUUUUGGACAAGGUGCGCCAGUUAACUUUUCGACUCAACUCGAUUCGAUUCGACUCAAAUGAAAUGAACAAACAUAGGAACUAUCAAAAGAAAAAAAAACAAAAAUACAGAAUUAUAAGAAUGGGAAUCUAUAUUCUUUUGCACCUCCUUCCACUUCGACGACCAUUUCGCAAACCAUUUCCCCAAACACAUCAACUUACCAACUUUCGCCUCACUUCUCCCUGCCCGCCAACACUCACACUUUUCACUUUUCACCUUUCACUUUUCACUUUCUAGACCUCUUCCCACUGCAAUUCCAAUUCAGCAUAUAUAAAUCGUACAAGGAUAAAUCAGUUUAGAACGAAAUAUAUUGUAAUUAAUACAGACACACAAUUAUAAAGAGAAAUUAGCAAAAUGAACAAAAUUUUUAAACAAAUAAAACUUACAAAACAAUGCAAAAAAAAAAACAAACAAACAAACGAAA